CAUUGCGCGUGCGCCGCGGCCGUUUUUCGCGCAUUGUGGGAUAGCUGGCUUGACCCGCAUAAUUAGUCCUCGCGAAAUCGGCUGUUUCGUGGGGGCCGGGAAACGAAGUAAUUCGGUGGCGGUCUUUGCCGAUUUCGGGUGAGGCCGCGGGGACGUCCGAGCCGCGCAGCGGACGACGAGCCGGGCGUCGGUAUGCGCGGAUCGCGGCGCUACGAGGGCCGCUGAGCCCUGCGGGAAGAACCCACCGCCGGCGCGCAGAGAGGCCAACCGAAGAGCUCCGGAGAGAGAGUGAGUACUCCCCGCAGACAUGCCAAGCUUUACGGGCACCGUCAAGCUGAAGAUAUGCGAAGCCGUGGAACUCAAGCCGACAGACUUGACCACACGGCACGCGAAUGUGGUCGGCUCGAAGCCUCAACUGAUGCUGAUAGACCCGUACGUGUCCAUCAAUGUCGAUGAUAUCCUCAUCAGCCGAUCCAGCACCAAGCAGCGGACCUUCAAGCCCGUCUGGAACGAGUACUUCACGGCCGAGGUGCACGGCGCCCAGAACCUGGGCUUCACCGUGUUCCACGCGGCGCUGCCUUCGGACGACUUCGUCGCCAACUGCAGCGUCUCCUUCGACGAGCUGGUCAACUCGGCCAAGGAGCAAGGCAGCAACGAGAACGACAUUUGGAUUGACCUUGAACCCGGAGGCAAGAUCCAUGUGGUCAUUGAACUCAUCUCAGCGGAGAAUGUGGUGGCAGAGAAGCCGCGUGAGUUCAAGCAGCGGCAGGGCCUCAACCGGCGCCGUGGGGCCAUGCGGCGUCGGGUGCACCAGGUCAACGGCCACAAGUUCAUGGCCACCAUCCUGAGGCAACCCACCUUCUGCUCUCACUGUCGCGAGUUCAUCUGGGGCCUAGGCAAGCAAGGGUACCAAUGUCAAGUUUGCACGUGUGUAGUUCACAAGCGAUGCCAUGAGUUCGUGGUUACCAAAUGUCCCGGCAUGAAAGACAGCACCAAUGAUGAGCUGGCAGCGGGCAGCCGGUUCAACAUCAACAUCCCACAUCGGUUUGUCGUCCACAACUACAAGCGACCAACCUUCUGCGACCACUGUGGUUCCAUGCUGUAUGGCCUGUUUCGACAGGGCCUCCAGUGUGAAGCCUGCAACAUGAAUGUACACAAGCGCUGCCAGAAGAAUGUCGCCAACAACUGCGGCAUCAACCCGAAGCAAAUGGCCGAGAUCCUCAGCGCCAUGGGUAUCUCCGGUGACAAGCUUACCAAACGCAAGAAGAAGCAAGGAAUAUCCCUCACCCAAGAGAUAUAUAACCAGACCUCCAUCAGUGAAUCUCCCAACAAGUUGACGCAGUCCGUGUCUGAAAGAUCGCACACGUCCCCCUUGCCGGCCACUGCGGAUGAGGAGAAGGGUGUGCCGGGCAUGAGCUUCGGGGCCUAUGACAUGCUGUCACUGACAGACUCGUAUGGGCAGCUGUCACUUCAAGUGCCGGACACGGGCGGCGAGCCUGUCGAGAAAUUCUCUCCCACACCGAGCAGCCGCGACAGCCGGCGGCCGCGCAAGUUUGGGUUGGAGGACUUCCUCUUCAUCAAGGUGCUCGGCAAGGGCAGCUUCGGAAAGGUCAUGCUAGCCGAACGCAAGGGCACAGAAGAAGUGUAUGCUGUGAAAGUGCUCAAGAAGGAUGUCAUCCUGCAAGACGACGACGUUGACUGCACCAUGACGGAGAAGCGCAUUCUGACGCUGUCCGCCAAGCACCCGUUCCUCACAGCCCUCCACUGCUGCUUUCAGACUGAGGAUCGACUGUUCUUCGUCAUGGAGUACGUCAACGGUGGAGACCUGAUGUUCCAGAUUCAGAAGGCGAGGAAGUUUGACGAGCCGCGAGCACGAUUCUAUGCAGCCGAGGUGACGCUAGCCCUCAUGUUUUUACAUCAGUAUGGAGUCAUAUAUAGGGAUUUAAAACUAGACAACAUUCUCUUAGACACGGACGGUCACUGCAAGAUCGCAGACUUUGGCAUGUGCAAGGAAGGCAUCAAGGAUGGCGUCACGACGACCACCUUUUGUGGUACACCGGACUACAUCGCUCCAGAGAUCCUGCAAGAGUUGGAGUACGGCCCAUCAGUGGACUGGUGGGCGCUAGGUGUGCUCAUGUACGAAAUGAUGGCGGGCCAGCCGCCGUUCGAGGCGGACAACGAGGACGACCUCUUUGAGUCGAUCCUGCACGACGACGUCCUCUACCCAGUGUGGCUAAGCAAGGAAGCCGUUUCCAUACUCAAAGGGUUCAUGACCAAGAAUCCUGCCAAGCGGUUGGGCUGCGUGGAGUCGCAAGGUGGUGAGCAGGCCAUUUUGAGCCACGCUUUCUUCAAGGACAUUGACUGGGAAGCCCUGGAGGCCCGCAAAGUCAAGCCACCCUUCAAGCCCAAGAUUAAAACCAAGCGCGACGUGAACAACUUUGACCAAGACUUCACCAAGGAAGAGCCGGUGCUGACACCGGUCAACCCGGAAGUGUUGCGCAACAUUAACCAAGAGGAGUUCAAGGGCUUUUCCUUCGUCAACGAGGACUUCAAUCCGGCCAGGUUUGCGGGCGAGGGCGGGCCCGCGACAUAGUGCCUCCUCCGCACGUGACGGGUCGCCCUUUCUAGUCACGCCCCACACGCGCACACACCAUCCACCAUCACUCCGUUCCUUUCCCGCCUUCCCUCUGGCGGAUGCAGUGCCUGGCUGGCCCAUUCAACCUUUCUCCUCUCGACCUCACACUUUUCCCAGUUUCUGUCCCCCCUUACUUUUCUUUUCCGAUUGGUGGUUCUUUUCCAACCAGGUGGUUCCCUGUAUGCCGCGCACCGGGCCACACUCUUAGCGGCACCGUCUUCUCCCAUAGCGCAACGCCGUAGAGGCACUGUCGCUGUGGCAUGCACGGACUCCAGUUAAAGCGGUUUCUUUUCUCGCAUGCAGCAACGACGACAUUUUGGCGGGCCUUGUAGCUCCGAUGGUAGUAGCCUCCAGGCGGGGUUGUGACAGGCAAUUCGCAGACCCCGAACCUGUUAGCAUUUCCACGCAGACACAAUUAGUAGCCGAGACACCUGUCGACGCACUGCCGAAAUCUCGCCGUGUCUCGUCGUCGUGCCAUUUUAUUGCUCUUUCGUUUAAGGCCACGGCGGCACUGUUCGAACUACCCUUCCCGCUGCCCUUUGAACUCCAGAAUGUUACGUGAGCCGGGUUUGCCGGGCCAAAUGUCUGCGCCGUGGUCGGAAGCAGCAGGUGGAAAAGGUGGCGCUCAGGCACCCGUUUCUAGUCUAGUCCAGAGCCGAUCUUGUUUAGUGCCAUGUGCCCUGGGCUGCUACGACUGGCCCAGCCAUAAAGGCUGGCCUCAUUUCACAGUUCUCUUGUUCUUUUUCAUCUCGUUGGUUUUGCUGCAAAUAUACUUCAUUGCUUUGCUCGUUGUCUGAAAUUUCACAAAAUUUCGCAUGUGUGCAUCUUCUCCAUCCUCCGCAACAUCGCUUUGUGUUUCGAGGGGAGCCUCGGAUAGUUUGUCAUCAACUCGGUGUCAUCUCCGGCCAGUGCGUUUCAGGCAAAAACGUGUCUUUUAGGUGGCCAUAUUCCUGAAAGGACAUCAUAUAGUGUUUGUUAAUUAGGCAUCUUAUUACAUACAUUUCUAGGUUUUAUUCUUGUUUUUUCUUUUCCCCUUGACACUACGGUGUCGACUUUUUUGAUCCCACCGUUCUACUUCCAGGUCACUGCAUCAAACCUUACUACUAGCCGUGACUUGUUUUUGCUGUGUUCAUGAUGCAUAGUAUUUAUUUAUUUAUUCUCUACAACUUUCAUGGACUUUAGAAAGGAGGGGUAAUCUCGUUAGAUGUGCAUGUUUCAUGUCUGUAAGCAGCGGUCAGCAGGUCUUGUUUGUUUUGUCCAUUUGUUUUGUUUCGUUUCAUCCAUCCGUCACUCAGCACAUCCUGGGCGCAGGUUGAUAAUGCUACCAGGCUAAUCUUGCACAUCAGUCAAGGCCCACAUCUGCUGUUCCCUGGAGUUUUAAAGUCGACAGUGUCAACUCGUUGCCCGUCUGAUCCAGGCUCUCUUAGCAAGUACUGGUGCUGGUCAAUGUGGAAUUGGCUAUGAGGGAACACAGAGAAAUGACCGGAUUUGUCAGUUCUUGGUACACUUUAAAAUUGCACAGAGUGGCUGAACCAAGCUUUCUUAUUUAAAUUUCUCUGGGCUUCUUGUGGAAGCUUCACCUUUGCCAUUUGGCCACAGUUUGGUUGUGCAGAAGAGGAGUACAGUUUGAGUGCACGUCUUAUGCUUGUCAAUUAAUUGGUAUACGCUACACUGAAGGUGUUGCGCUUGCUAUAUUUUCACAAGCGGAUCUAAGUCUUUGCAACAGGUUGUAGAGUAGCGAGCGGGGUAAUCAUAUGCCAGUGAAUAUCUGUGUUUCAGGUAUAAAUGGCUGCAAGUUCCCUGGGAACAUGUUGGGAAAAAGAGUCAUGCCACCCAUGAGAUAUGCUAAGUAUUAAAGAUCAUUGUUGAUUCCCUUCCCUUAAAACAGACGCUUGGUGUGAUGACACACUGCUGUGGAUGGCUGUAGGCCACCCACCACAACAAAGUAAAUGGACUUUGCCCUCCUGUGACUAAAAAUAUUCCAUCCUCCAGUUUGUCUGGAAAUCUUCAGUGCGUCUGCAAAUAUUGGCUUGCUCUCGCACAUGCGUAAUCGUUGAUAAGCUUGUCGAGCAACCAUACUAGUCAACUUAGACUGGGUUAGCGACUCCUAAAAUAAUUGGUAUAUACAGCCUUUGUCAAAAGAACCAAAGCCACUGCACACAUCGCCAUAGCUGACUCUAAGGUGCCUUGUCAGCUGCCUAUGGCAUCUGCACUGUGUGGAGAGGGGUGAACUUCCCCAUUUUGAUUUUCUAACGUCAGAUGUCUGACAGGCACAACAUGACGUAGCUGGUACAGAACAACACUUGGUCUCCCUGUCACAUAUUGACGAAGGCUGCACCUAACAUUUGUCUCGAAGUGGUAUCGGCCCGGUUUUGACAAUGAGUGAGCAGUAGCGUGUGGUACUGCCAGCGCUGCUUGUACGACACACCAAAGAAAGAUAGGUGCUUGUGCCUUCGUAACAGGUGGCACACUGUAGCUUCCAGCUGCAUGUCUGGUCCCACUGGUCUGUCAGUCCCCCAACACAUGUUGCAUGAGAGGUUUCCGAAGACGGACAUGUUCUUUGGCUUGAUCCUACCUAGGAGUAAAUAGUACCGCAGCAUCGUUGCAUUUAGAUGAUGGUUUGAAGGAGGAAAUUUGUGUUUGCAGCAUUGUGCCACUGCUGUUUGGACGAAGCUCGCAUGGGUCCAACACGUGGGACUUGUUCCAAUGAUAGCCUCAGCGUAGCUGUGAUUACAGAGUCAUCAACACAGUGCCCUUGUGCUUUUCUUUUUUUUUUUCUUUUUUUUCCGUGACUCAAAGGCCCCUCGCGAUGCUGUGUUCCGUGUUGUGUCCCAAUCUGUCCAUUGUGUUUUUCUUAGUUUUUUUUUUUCUCCUUCUUAGAUCAUUUGACUUGUGCAUCGGUAUUUAUUAUUUGUUGUCACCAGUUCAGCCAUACAUGCCCAGUGGCUUUACAUUUCAGCCUCUUAGCACUGGCAGAUGCGCCCCUGCGGUGCACCGAACAGCUUGUGCAUUUCGCACUGUCCAAAGAUUUCGUCUUGCCCUGCUGGCAUCUUUGUGCUAUUUUGAAGAGCAUGGAGAUAUUGUGCUUUGCUUAAGUUAGUACUAAGUACCAUGUAGACUGCUUGCAUUGUGCUUUUCUGGUACUGAACUGUUGUUAUUGAUCUUUGUUUUGUUUUUGUUUUGUUUUUGUUUUUUUCCUAUGCCCUCGGAUAUGUGGUAAACUAAGCCUCACUCCCUGCACCGCAAAGCAGAUGGCCGAUCCAGAUUUUCUGUAACCGUGUAUGUGGGAAGUGUUGUCAUUCUGGUUGCUGUGAGCAGACCAGUGUUGUGCCUGCAGCGUAACGAAAGUACCGUGGGACUCCUUUAUAAUGUAACCAAAGCUUUAUAUAUGUUUGGCACUUGGAAGGGAAACCUUGUAGCCACUUCAGUUCUUGUCGAAAAGGUUGAUGAUCAUUUCUUUGGAAAAGUCACACAUUGUUUGUGAAGCACUGUUGCGAAAUCAGUGUAAAUUCGUGCUCCUUAUGGCUUGUAACAUACAAAAAAAAAAAAGAAAAUCUUGCCGAGCGCUUGUGUUCUUGAUGUGUGUGUCACAAUACCUGCGUUAAGCAGUUACCACUGCUGAGCAGCUCUUGCAUUGUGUGCAGCCACUUGCAGAAUUUAUUGGGACACGGAAGCAAGAUUGAGAGCUAGCCUAGAAUCUGGAUGUGCAUUGUGCGGCUUAUGUGCACGAGCAUAGAGCAUAUGCCUCAGCUCUCGGCUGUAUGUUUGAUACAUGCUAGAAACCUUGCUUUCUCAUGAUUUCACUGUUCCAAAAACUUCUGCGAGCGUUUGUGCGUACAUUCUCAUUAUUAUCAAACCUCUCAUUAGUUUGCAGGCUAAGGAGGUUGUCGCAUAUUGUCAAGCUAUUUCAAUUGCAAUCUCGAUUCGAUUGCCACUGUGUCAUUGUAACUACACUCUGAGACUGCAACAAGGAACACGUGUUUCUCUUACUGUGUUCUCACGUUGUACAGUCGACUUUUGUUUGACAUCUGUUUACACAACCCACCUUUUGAAUUGAUUUGCUUUGAAAAACUAUGAAAGGUGGCAUUUUGAACGUGUCUAUAAACUUUAACAUGGGUUAUUUAAACUGUUCUCUUUGUGUCUCAGACAAAGGGCAAAUUAUCAUGAGCUAACUGUGUCUGCUCAGCUGUACUGUUUAGUUGUGUUGAUUUUGCAGGUGGCACAUCUUUUGUGAUCCCCUUAUAACCAGUGGUAGUAACCAUUUGCAGAAGCGCAUGCAGUUAGUCAUGUAAAUGUGAGUUUGCUCAUUCGUUGAGAUAAGUCUCUGAUGCAGUGCUGCUGUAGCGUGGGUUAACUGCACUGAAUUUGCAUUAAAUUGAUGAUAGUCUGUUUCAGUCUUUCUUAACAGUAGUGCCCCACCAUCUCUCAGCAUUUCUGCCAUGUCAUUGUAGCGGCUUGUUGCUUUUAAUGCUAUGUGCAGUAGUUAUGUCCGUGUGUAUUGGCACACUGUUUCUCGUUCGUUUCAUUAUCGAGGAAAUUGUAAAUUAUAAUGGCUCAGCAUCUUUUGUUCCAAGUUUUCUUUCUUUUUUUUUGUAUAAAAGAAGACUGCCGUUUCACAUAACAAAAUACUCACUUGCACACAUCAGAGAGUGCAUCAGACAGUGCCAAACUGUUUGGUGCAUGCUGUGUGCACAUGUACAUAAUGUAAAUGUAAGUUGUUGGUUGACGAAGCAUUGCUGUGACUUUUCUUUAUGCCUGCUUUUGUCUGCCUUGUUUCUUUUCAGUGGAUUCCUUUGUUUCUUUGUUUCUUUCUUUUUUUGCAUCUAUGUGAUUGGAGCAGAUAGAGAACAUACGUAAACUGAGCAAUGUGUUUGGCCAGAGUGUGGUUGUUGAGUAUAAAUAUGCUUGUUGUACAAGGCUUGCUACUUUGCCAACUCUGGAGAACACAAGAAUGUGUGCUGCGCCUUUCGUGAAAUUGACUCACUCUGGCUUAUGGAUUGACCUUUGUUUAUAUUUAUAUAGUUAAAAAAUGCAGCUAAAAUUAAUUGUCGUUGUGGGGUCAAGUGUGCAGUAAACGAUGGCGGCAUCCAGACAAAGCGCAUGCCCAGCACCUUCCAAGCGUGCUUGCUUUUGUAAAAAUGGCCAUUUUGUCUCCAUCCAAGCACUGCAUUGCAGUGCGCUGCAGUGCGUGAAGUUUGCUUUAUGAAGUUUUGUUCUCACGAGAGUGAGGCGACAAUGUGGAGAGAUGUUUUUCAGUGCUCGUCAUCAUAUCGCCAUGGUGACAAGAGUUAUCGUUCAGUGAACGCUGUGUGCAAAGGUGUUUUAAUGUUAUAAAUCACAGCUCUUGGUUCAACCUUGACACUUCAGUUUGUUUGACCUUCUCUGCAGAUGUAAUACAAAAUGCUUGCCCAUCUUUUUUUCACCCCGAGGUCGUACCAAAGCUUAAAUUAAGAAGCUUGCCCUAAUUUGCCAAGCAUAAUUGCCCGACAUCUGCUUCCGAGUCUGGUUGUAUUUGCACACUGAAGCCUGCUUUAUCUCUCUCUUUCUCUCUCUCUCUCUCUCUCUCUCUUGUCACUAAUUUUAGCUGCUGAUUUGGAAAGGUUUCCAUUCUAUAGAGACACUCUGCAGCAUUCAUUGACACUUACCCAAAAUCUCAUGGUUCGGGGAGAAUGCUUCACUGUAACUUUGCUGUCCGAAAUACUACCAUAUGCCUUGUACAGCCUUCAUCAAGAGUGUAGAUGACAUCGUGCAGUACAUUUACACAGACUACCGCAUUUGUUGUCAAAACCUUGAAAGAGUUAUUUUGAAGUCGCCAAUUGUUUGUUAGCAGUCUGAGAUCUUGCACAGGGUGUGCAUUCUGCAGUCUAAUUAUUUGUAUGAUAGUGCAGUUGAUCAAUCUUGUCUACAACCAAGGUGCCCAAGAAAGUGUAUUCAGCCAGUCGUGUGGACAGCCGUUGUCACUCGUGUUACAUGCGACAUACGACAGAAAAUAAGUGGCUGAGGGUGUUCACACACCGGCAUUGAAGGCGAUCCACAUGGCCAGCUGAAGCAGCCUUUUAGUACUGGGGCCAUAGAUGACAGUGGACUUUUCUUUCCAUUGGACAGACUGAGGAACAGUGUUGGUAACUUUCUAUUAGAUGAAGUUGCUGGGUUGCAACCCGGAAUACUCUAUUUUCUGUGAAAAGUCACUAUGUGAUGAUUACUUGAUUAGAACUGCCUUCCUCUUAUGUUUCAAUUGUGCAUAGAUGGCUUUAUUAUUAUAUCUUUUAAACUAUAGGUUUAAAUUGCAUUGUGCACUUGCGAGUCAACAAUCAGAAUGUGAAAAGGGAAGACAACCACCGUCUUUCUAAAACUGUAUCAGAUCUCAAGAUCGUGCCAUGCCUAGAAAAGCAACUUUGAUGCCCACCCAGGUGGCCGACCAAUAAGAUCUUCAAAGAGUAUUUAGAAAUAGCUACAAACGGAGGCAUGUACAUCUCCCCUUGGAAUAAAAUAGGGGAGCGGCACCCAGCCAAAAUCCUUUGAGGAACUUUACCUGGGCAAUUUAAUGGCUAUUUACCUCACCAAACAAGCUACUAUAGAAGUCUCCAAAAAGGCAAAGUUGUUGUUGAGGCGAAUAAAAACUUGCUAAAUUUAGUGACUUUCAUGACAAGUUACAAACACUGCUGAGGAAGCACCAGUGCUAAGCGUUCGACUGUGCAAGCUGUUCUGCAGAAUGUAACCCCUGUUUUAGGAUUUGAGCACCAAUAAAGAAGUGGCAGACAAAAAAAAGAAAAAAAAAGGAUUUUAGUGCUGUCAGAAUAAGUACACAGAUAGAUGAAGCGGGGCUCCUGUAGCAAUCCCAUUGCCCAAAAUCUCCACGGGUUGAGAGUAGGGACGUGCAAAUAUUCUAAACCUUGAAAUAACAAAUCAAACUUGGUCCUAUUUGGUUUGGUGCUUGAAUCAAAUAGUCACUAUUCCUAAAUAGGAAUAUUUUUCUAAUAGUUUUCGAAUACAGUGGUGCAUCACUGAGUGAAAAUUUCAUUUAUUCAUUAAUUUUUAUUUGUACAAUAUUGCCAACUGCCUUUUCGUAGCCAGGGCAGGAGUGGCUAUCAAGGAAGUAAUAGUGCUACGUUAGGUACAGGUGCAUAUAUUUCAGAACAAAAGAGCAAAAAGAGAAAAGAAAAAUCAAAGUACAAUGAGCAAGAUGCAUAAAUAAAAGAGCAAAAAGGUUUUCAAGCACAAAGUCAAGAUCGCUUUCAAAUAACAAUCUGGAAACACAUGCAGAGUGAAUGCAGAGUGAACGAAGCUACCUUGCAAUCUUCAGCUCGCAGAGCAAAUCCGCUUCCUCUGAACAAAAAAGAUGCGUCCACGCAUAGGCUUGCCUGUGCAUUUCCUGGGCCUCCCGUGUUCCUGGGCCACCAUUUCCCCUUGGCUAACCAUGCGGUGCUAUCAUCCCACCUUAAUAAGUAUGCCGAAGGGUGAACCAGAUGACAUUUGAUCAGUUCUACUGCACUGAGUCUUCAAAAAAAUACCGGGGUGAAGACAGGAGAAUGUUUUUCACAGCAGUGUCUUCCGCCUCAUCUCACUGAAGGAGACAUACCCAGACUUAACGGAGAAGUGUUUCUAAAUGUUCAGAUUGGCGUAAACACUGGUAUAAUUAUAGUCAGUCUUCCUACAUUGCCCACCUUUCUUUGGAUGUUGAACAUACCCAGUCCUUGGCAAACUGAAACAUUUAUUUACUAAUCUGUUGUAAUAAUUAUCUUUACGUUUGCGCAUCAAUAACUAUACUCCGGGAAUGCACUUAUAGGUUUCCCAUAGGAUGCAAUGGUUAAUGAUGUCCCACAGAACAAACCCACCCAUGGAAGGAAUUAUUUUCGUUCUACAAGGCACCACUGUAUUUCAAAUCCCCAACUGUGCACAACAACCAUAAAACGGGCAAAAAAUGCAAAAAAGUUUCACCAUGGCAGCUCUAGUAGCUGUAACAUGCUACAUCACUUAGGGAGCCAGACUUUUUCGGCAAAACUAUCAUUCGCACUCAGCAAUGAGCCCAGAGUCUGCGAAUAAACUGCUUAUUUGCUCCUAGUUCUCAAUUUGUAGUUUUAAAUAAACAAUGCUUCCUAAUGUGCAGUGUAGUGCCAGGAACUUUCUAACAUUGUGGAUACGCUAGGACGUGAAGAAAAUAGAUUUGUAUUAACAGUGAAAAGGGCUGUUCAUUAUCCGAAAACUAUUGACCUCAAUUCGGUUCUUGCACUGUUCAAUUCGGUCUCAAAAACUGCUGUUUUCACACAUCAAUUUGAGAGCAAUAGCCGCACUCAACCCGUUGAGCUUUUGGCCACUGUGACUUGUAGCUCUUCAGUCAUACUAUACUCACGGACAACUUUCUGUGGCAACGAAUGGAAAGCUGCAGAGGCAAAGCGUGCACAAGUGAGAGCACUUCUGAAAAUACUCUCGUGUUUUCAGCCACAUUAGUUUAAGCUGGGGAAGAGAAAACAUAAACACCUUAGCACACCACUGAAUGUAAAAGUCUACUUAUUUUGCUGCUCUUCCCUUCCAUGUCUCUGCAAAUGCAAAACCGUCGCAUGUGAAGCUGCAUCGAUUCAGCGUUAAUUCCGAGCAACCAAAAGCACUGUCAAACUCUGGUGGACUACUUGGCCCCGUAACACAUGUGCAGGAGCCACAUGCCUGUAACUUUCCCUUCAUUCCCACAGAAAGUUGUCCGCGAGUAUAAUUGUGAGACUCUCCAUGCGACCCACGUUGCGGAAUGCAAGCACUCCGAUUGUGCAGAAGUGUACAAUGGGGGCUUGGUGAUUGUUUUGCCACCUGUAGGCAAAAAAAAUUAGCUACAAAAUUGCACAAUUUCCUACGAAUCACAACAAGACAAAAAAAAGCUGUCCUUAAAAAAAAAUGUAGGAGUAAGCAUAAUCAAACACCAGCAAGCUGGGUGAAUUAAAUUGCAUUGUUUUUUAGGUCUAACGAAAUAAAUGGCACUCAUUGUUUAGUGUACUAUUUGCUGCACUAAUCUUAAACAUGCAAACCUAAUAGAGUUUUCAAUAGGUGGUCCUUUUUCAGGUGAAUUUGGCAUGUUGUCACUUUCUUUUUUAAGAUAUAGCUAAGAACACACUAAAGAUUGAUUUUGUUGCUCUAUACCUGUAGUUCAAAGCAGAGUUUCGGAAGAGAUGUGACUGAAGAUCUCUGGUGUGAGUGCUGUAGGAGCGCCGCCUCAUGUUUGCCAACAGCUCUAGUCAUGUGCGCUGUAGCACAUUUGAGUUGCCGCUUAUCUCAUUGUGGCUGCUCAUGCUGCCUUUUAUGAUGUCAGGGAUAGCAACGGGACAGUGACAACAACGUCAAACGCAGAUACAAUAUAAACAAGCUUAUUGCGCGUGAACUAGGCUGUACCCAUUCUCCUCGAAACAAUGCUCCUCGCUAAUAAUUUUCUUCAUUUUUGAGUGAGUCAAACAGUGGUGAUGCAUCUUUAGCUUAAGUGACAUGACCUUUUAGUGUAUAAUGAGUGAAGCUUUGAAGCUUCUCUUUCUUUCUUUCUUUCUUUCCUUUUUUUGUUUUGUAUGUGUGUGUUUUCUUCUAUUGGAAUGGCAGAUGGAUUUAUCUAAUGAACCAUUCUUUAUUGCCCAUUGUCAGUGCAUUUUUCGAGUUGAGCACCUUGUAAAAAGUGUACAGGAUGGUUGCUGUGAUUAAGUAUUCUCUAGUUUAUACUUGCUCAUGUGCGGCUUCCUUUCGCCUCACCAUGGUACUUACUUUAUUCCUGUUGCCAUUUUCUUUAUGCAGGGUUGCUUGUAGUGCUCUUUGCCAUGCCUACUUUAUAUUUCCUUUCUCGCGAAGCUUUUGAGCAAACAAUACUUUGCUUUGUGGGCAGCAGUGUUGCAUGUCAGUCAGUGCAGGGUAGUCAUCAGUUUUCAAUGUGGACGCAGCGACGUAGUUGCUCCGCAACACCCCCCCAUUCCCCAUUUACCCUCCAGCCAAAGAUUAAUUAACGCACUAGUGGGGAUGGCAUGCCUAAAGUUGUCCAAAACGAUCUUUGCUUCUGGGCACGGUUUUCCUUCCCACCACCAUAUGCACAAAAACUGGUGCGGUAACGAAUAGUAGGCAGCCAGCCACCCUCACAAGCGCCAGGCCUUCUGCCCCACGUUACCCCAGCCAUACGGCUUCAGCUCUUGGCAGCUCCCAUGGUAUUGGCUCGAGGUAGUCCCGAAUCGUGCUCCCGUGCCGCCACAGCUUUUUACGCAGAGGUAGUGGUGCAGCGUAGCUGCCCCGGAGAGCACCGCAUGCCGUCGGCUCUGGAUGCAACCGGAGGGGCCAUUCAAGGUGCCCCCUUUCCCAUCAGACAGGUGACAUAGCACCAUAUAGGCACGCCAGUCAUUGUUCUUUCUCGCAAUGUGUGGAGUGUGCGUGUUUGUAUAGAAAACAAGAUGCAGCAGCUUAGAGCAAAUGCACCUUUAGAUCUGCACAAUCAACUCGUUGGUUACCUAGAUUCCCCAGAGCGUAAGCAGCAGCAGUGGCAAUGUAGAAGUAAACGUGGCAGCACUUUACACACUCCUCACACCUUGUUCAAACCUUGCCCCAUGGUGCAGUGGAGCCAGUUCACUCUCACUAACCCGAUGACACUGGGAACUGUGAGAGAGUCAAACUCGCACGUGCGCUUGUUUACUUGCCAGGCGUAGUUAGCGCGUCACCUCCAGCCUUUUGUUUUUCUUAGCCGUUUUUCCAGAAUGGGAUCUCAAUGUCGUGCAGAACAGAAUGCAGAGCGUCAAUCGGGACACAAGCUAGUCGACGAGAGAUGCCCACAGUUUGUUCUGGCACUGUAACUGGCGUGGUGUGUGUGGUUGUCGUUGUCUUCUUCCUUGACAAAACUUUGAUCCGUGAGCAAGUUUUCACCGCCGAGCUGCGUUUGCGCUGUGCAGGGUUUGGUCGCGGGGCUCGGUGGUCGAGCCUGCGUACCUGCUUCGUGUGUAAGUGUUCACAUUUGCCUCCUCCAUUUAGGAGAGGAGGACAGGAAGACAUGCCUCGUUUGGAUGGCGUGGUUUGGAAGAUGACUUUUCCCAAGUUUAGUGGCGAUUUGUGUGGGCACAGGAGAUGCAAUUUUUGUCACGACGGUUUGCGUGACGACUCCUGCACGUGACAUCAUUCUGCCUCCCGGGCCAUUGGAAGCAGAGCAAUGGCCUCUCUCUAGUUUUCAGACAAAGCAAUGUAGCAACAGAGCAAGCGAUUUGUCUAGGCACUCUCCACUUACACACAAACACACACAGACAUGUUGGCCAGAUCUGUGUGUGCUGGUCGUCAUCACAAUGAAGAUUUUAGGAAGGGGGAAAGUGCAAAAGGAUGUUAUAAAUAUAUACAUAAAGUUACUCACACAAUAUAUGUAUAUAAAAUAAAGAUAUUGACAAAAGGAUUGGUGUGAAGUAGAAGCAUUUGUAAACUCUGUACAUUCAACUGUGUCUGUUUUGAAAGCAUGGUCUUUAAAAAGAAAGAAAAAAAAACUGCAACGUGCUGGUGGCACACAGCAGCCCUCAACCAUAGGUGUUAGGCUCCUGAAUCUGGUGCUGGCACGACUGUUCUGAUAUAUUUUGUCUGUGGUUCUCAUGCCCUUGUGGACAUUGCUGCUAAUAAACUCAUCUGUGAUGCAAAGAGAGAAAAAAGAAAAAAAAAGUACA